CGUGAUUGAACCUAGUGCAUUGUUUCGUGCAUGAUUGAUGUCUUCUUGAUUGAUGCAUCGCAUCUCUCAAUGGUGUUUAAAGGGCUCGGACGAAGGUGGGCUGCUCGCUGUACAUAGAACAAUCCCCCUCGUUCAGGUAGGAUUGGCGGAUGUAGCGCUGAAAUCCUCAUAUCCUAAACUCUCUUUGAGGGAAAUUAACCUCAAGUAUGCGAAUAAACCAGUGAUAGUGGACAGCAUCCAUCGCAGUAUGGCGUUCCUCCACUUAAUCACCUACCCACUCUGCUUCCGUCCUCAUCGUGGCUUACAGACCCAUGUCGUGGUCCCGAAUUAGAGAUAUUUCAGGCUGAAAGUUCCAGCUUGUGCCCAGGCUGACGAAAAAACCCCGCUGAAUGCGGCUGUUUGACCAUUUUUACUCAAAUUUAUUGCUGCAUUAACUCCACGGUGCCUUGUCUGGAUACUAUAAAGAGCUCUUGUCUUGUCAUCGCCGCCAUCGCUCUCGCGUUGCUUCCCACUACGUUUGGUAGCGCGUCGUCGCCCCUUGCACGUUCGAACCUCCACAGACGUCUCGCCGAUACCAUGACAGUGGCACAAGUUCCCCAAUCCUGUUUGCCCAGCAGCGAGCCGCCAUGCAUGUGUCCCAUAGACCUCAACGACGACACGGGCGUCCUCAUCAACGUAUACCCCGGCUAUCAAUGUGCCUACCCCGGGGGAGCAUGCACCUGGAGCGACACAGACGGCUCGCUUCAGAAUACGCACCAGACGAACUGUCCGCAAGUCGCACCGUGCCCGGGCGGUGUGGGAACGUGCACCUGUCCGAUCGACAAUAAUUUGGACACGGGUGUGUUGAUCAACCAGUUUAGGGGGUACCAGUGCGCGUAUACUGGCGGGGCUUGUACUUGGGACUAUGACGGAGAUCUUCAGAAUACGGGGCAGACGAACUGUCCGACGGUCGCAAAGUGUGUGACGCCGGCUUAGGGCUUUUGAAAUGUAGCAGUCACCGUCACCAUACUUUUCCAUCUUCUCCAAGGGCGUCAUGGGCGUAUCUUACAAGGUGGUUUUGUUGGGCGUUGGAGCCCAUAUUUGCGCAGCAUGCAGACGAGACCGGGAUGAGUAACGGAGGAAAUUAAUCAGUGGCUCGCCAGCGUCGAGAGAAACAGGACUUGGGGCGGACAAAUGGUGGCUUAAUUAUUCUGUUGGAAAUGAUGCAUCAAUACAGCUGCCAGAUUACGGGUCUGAAUCUAUCAUUACUUUAUGC